AUGCUAAAAAUUGUAUCAGGAUAUCUGCAUAGAUUGGCUGCAUAUUGGUUUGAAGAAAAUGUUGAUACCAUUAUUAGAUGGAAUGCAAAUAGCUAUGCUGCAUCAAGUUUUGUACUAUUGUUUUUGGAAAAAUUCUCAACUGAAGAAAAACAAAAUCUAUGGCAUCAUCAGCUAAAUACUCUUUAUCAAGGACCUUAUGAAAAAGUAGAUUUUUAUACAGGAAAAUUUAAAAGAUUGUUAAAGAAAGUCGACUCUUCUAAGACCUUAUCAGAUAAAUAUAUUGUGAGACUUUUUCUUAAUGAAUUAAGAAAAAAUAUCAUUACUCUUGUAGUAUUUAGUUAUCCCAAAAAUAUAGAUGAAGCUAUUGAUGCAGCUAAACAAGUUGAAAGUAGUCAAUAUUAUGAACAACAAUCUCUUAUACUAACACAACUAAGUGGAAACAAUAAUGCUAUUGAUAAUCUUACUAACAAAUAG